AAGAUGGCGGCGCAGCAGCAGGCCCCCGCGUCGCGCUCCUCCUCCCGACCUCGCCGUCGAGUCCCUAUUCCCGCCGGACCUCGAUAUCUUCGCAGGCCGCUGGACCCCGCCGGGGCGGGUGACCGAUGCAGUGCGCUCUCGAUCCGUGCAGAGCGCAGGUGGUUGGAUGGCCGCCCGUGCGCAACUACCGGAAGAAUACCCUCGCCGCCGCGACCGCCUCCAGGAGCAAGGCGCCGACGGAGGAGGCCGCAUCCGGAGCUGGGCCCAUGUACGUGAAGGUGAGCAUGGAUGGCGCGCCCUACCUCAGGAAGGUGGACAUCAAGAUGUACUCCAGCUACGAGGACCUCUCCCUGGCGCUCGAGAAGAUGUUCAGCUGCUUCAUCGCUGGUCAAAGUGGUCUGCAUAAAUCAUCGAGCAAAGACAGACUGACUAAUGGCUCAAAGGUGGAUGCCCUCAAAGAUCAGGAGUAUGUCCUUACAUAUGAGGAUAAGGAUGCAGACUGGAUGCUUGUCGGUGAUCUUCCCUGGGAUUAUUUUACCUCUAUCUGCCGGAAGCUCAAAAUCAUGAGGGGCUCUGAUGCAGCCACUGCCGUGGUAGUGUGGCACAUAACUGAAUGUUGCUACAUAACUGAAUUUGUUAGGAGCACACAUUUCAGGGGACGAGGGUUGGGGAAUAUAGGAGUAGGAGGAGGGUAUUCGUCCGCGGUUUGUUCGCUUGGGGAUUGA